AUGAGCUUCCGUACUCAUCCAAAGGCAGGUGAGAAUGCUGUGCAACCACUCUUCCUCAGGACGCUGGAGACUUGCGGUGUGGACGAUUUCUUCUUAGAUGCUUUACUAGCUGCUGCUGUCGAAGUACUUUUUGAGUUCUGUGCUUCCCCGCUGUCGCAUACCUUGAGCCCGGUCCAACCGUAUGGCCCUCCCACACUGGGCUUGCGGCGUUGGCUAGGUUAUGUUAUCGAGUUGCUUGUAAUGCUAUUCUACGUUCGACUAAUCAUACCAAUGGGUGGUACUGGUGCGAGCGAAGAACAUAGAAGUGCAAGUUCUAAAAAGCUCUGGUUAGUGACAUUGGGUGUACUCCUAUUAUGUGUCGUAGUGGGAUUCGGUAUUUGGGAAUCCAUAUCGGUUUUGAUAAAAGCCAACAAAUUGCAAGCAACGCGCAGUGCUAGAAUUUUGGAUAUAUUAAAGUACACGAAUCAAACGGUCAAACCUUGCAAUAAUUUCUAUGAGUUUGCUUGUGGUAACUGGAAAACCCAUCAUGCGGCUGAUUCCCAAAUAACUCGUACGCUGGCUUUAAGUGUGGCUCAUGCAGAGUUUGAACCUAAACUGUAUCAGCUUUUGAAUUCACCACAAACUUCACAAGAUACAAAGGCAGAAAGGAAGGUAAAACGUUUCUACACAUCCUGCUUGCAUGCUGCUUCUUCCAGGAACAGCUCCACGCUUAAGAGAAAAUUUAAGGAAAUUGCCAAAGAGUUUGGCGGUUUGGAUGCUUUGGAGAACAAUGACAAUUGGAGGGGAUUUAAUUUCGAUUGGAUUACUACUGUGGGAGAGAUCUCCCAUAGGUAUGGCUUAAACAUUAUCUUGGGCUAUUCCAUUAAGCCUUAUGCUAAAAAUCACACCAGGAAUCUGUUGCUGUUAACAAAUCCCCAAUUUUCGAACAAUUUUGAAGAAUUUCAAUAUAUCUGCGAAAUGAUAAUGGUGGAAUACCUAAAUGUACCUCCGAAAAAGGCCCAGGCCAUAGCAAAGUAUUUGAGGGAUUUGGAAGCCAAUUUUUGGUAUAUUUCACGUUUCGAUGUGAAAGCUCAGGAGAAGCGUACCUGGGAUAGUCUACGUUCGGACGAAGUAGAUUUGGAAAAACUCGUCAAAAUCGCUUUUGGUCACUCCCUUGCCAUUGAUGGCAUAUGGCUACAGAAUCCAGGUUAUGUGAAAAAACUUAUCGAUCUUAUAAGAGCAACUCCCAGGAAAAUAAUAUCCAACUAUAUAACAUUGCGUCUGCUCUACCACUUUUGGCUGGAUGUGUUGGCCAAUCAUGCAACAGAUCAUGGGGAAGCUUGUUCAGAAGCAGUUAAGCAUUACUUCCCUUACAUAAUCAGUCAUAUGUUCUAUCGCCACAACAACUUGCAAGGAAAAAAGAAAGCUGUGGAGGAUUUAUGGUAUUAUAUGAAGUCAACGCUGCGCUCCAUCAUCAAGUCGAGGCAUAAACUUUCUUGGCUGGAUGGAGAAUCUCGAAACUAUGCUUUGGAAAAAUUGGAUCUCAUGAAUCUACAAGUGGCUACAUAUGAGGGGAAUUCCUUCGAAGAGGACUUUGCAGCACUACAAAUCGAUUCCCAGGAUUAUGUGGAAAAUCUAAGAGCAAUAAAAUCCUUUCAAGCCUCUAAGACCAGGGCUACCCUACUCAAUCCCCCUGUGCAAGGAGAUAUUGACAAAACCUUAGAUUUGCAAACUCCCAUCUAUGUGAUAAACUCCAAUUCAGUUAUCAUCCCUGUGUCGGUGUUGGCCUCAGACUUCUUGUGGUCCCCCCUUAAUCCCAAUGCCAUAAAUUUUGCCCGCCUGGGAUUUUGCAUAGCCCAUGAGAUCCUCCAUGGCUUCACUGGAGCUGGAAGAAGAUACGAUAAAUUUGGAAAUUAUUUCACUUGGUCACAUCCCCAAACAGAUAAGCAGUAUGCCAUGCGUCACAAAUGCUAUCGCCAACAAUAUCACAGUUACAGCUAUGGAGGUGUCCGUUUGCCUCUACUCGAAAAACAGGAUGAAAAUCUAGCCGACAAUGCCGGCAUUGUCUUAGCCUAUGAAGCCUAUCUCAAAUGGUUUAAUGAAAGCCCCGAGAAGGUGCAAAAAUUUGAAAUGGACUCUUUAUCCCAUCUAAAGCUGAACUACACCAUUUACCAGCUAUUUUUUAUUAGCUAUUCACAAUUGUGGUGUACCGAUACAUUGGAUGCGGAACAUCAACGGCUUUUUGUGAACAAACAGCAUGCGCCAAGCGAGUUGCGUGCAUUUGUGCCAUUGACAAAUUUUGAUAAGUUCUCUAGCGAGUUCGAAUGUUCCACUGGCAGUGCUAUGAAUCCCAUUUAUAAAUGUAAUUUUUUUUUGAUUAGAUAAUUCCAAACACUACAGGGGAAAAUGUUAUCGAAUUUGUUAUUAUGAUUUUGUUAUUUAUUUUAAUAAAUCGGCUAUGAAGUA